GGAAUGGCAACCAGAUUCUACCACGUGGGAAUAAAUUCUACGGCUAGAGAUAAAAGAGAGUGUCUCACUUCACUUCCGAGCAAUCUCAGCCGUUGCUUUACAUUCACCGACAGUCUCUGACUCUCUUGUCUUAAUAACCCCCUGCCAUCCUAGGAAGAAUCGAAAGAGCUAGAAAAUGAUCAGAGCGUUUUUCCUCUUCCUUGUCUUCUUCAUCAUCGGGACGCAAGUCCACGCGCAGCUAAUUCCACCAUCGAAGCCCGAUGGUUUCGUAUACCCACCGGGUCGCCGUGUUGACCCGGAUACAAUACUAAUCGAGGCGUUUUAUGACCCGGUGUGCCCGUACAGUAGAGACUCUUGGCCGCCGCUAAAGCAAGCUCCUAAACACUAUGGAUCUCGCGUUUCCUUACUCCUCCACCUACUUCCGUUACCGUACCAUGACAAUGCGUAUGUAACUUCUCGUGCUUUACAUAUAGCGAACACUCACAACGCUAAUGCUACCUUCAGUUUGCUGGAAGGGUUCUUUAAGCAUCAGGCAAUGUUCUACGGUGCGCAAACACAACUCCUGACUAGACCUGAAGUUGUGGGAAGAAUUGUCAAGCUUGGAACAGCUACGUUGGGAAACUCAUAUCGACAUGUUCUCAAAUCCGGCUUCAACGACACAAAGUCGGAACGUGCAACCAGAGUUUCAUUUAAGCAUAGCACUUCAAGAGGUGUUUAUGGAACACCAACCUUCUACGUGAAUGGGUUCAAAUUGCCGGAUGCUGAUACUCCCUCUGAACUUGGAGGAUGGAAAAAAAUUAUUGAUUCUCUGAUUCAUCCACAAAAGAAAUCAUUGUGUUCCGGGAAGUCAGGAACACAAGAUUGACGUCCUUUCUCGAACCCAAAGACGUCGCACAGCUGAAAGAUGGUCAUGGAGUGGAACUGCCUGUUCACAAUGAAGGAGAACAUCGCCUUAUCAGCUACCGGGUUGUCCUCGUCAGGAUGGUAGAGGCGGGCUGAUGCGAGGAACUGCCUGGUCAAAUCAGCAUAGCAAUCACAGUGGAGAUCGAAGAUGUACCCCAGGCCAAUCUUCUCUAACAAGGCUUCAAUAUCCUCGGUUAUCCCCAAUGCAUCUGUAGUGUCUCUGUGAGCGAAGCGCGACAGACAUAUUUCCACUCCCCUUAUCUGUUCGUAGAAAUCAUCAUCAUGUAUAUCCCACUGCUGGGUUAUCUCUCGAUUCGCAGGAUGAGACCUAUCUGUCUUUCUGAAAUUGCCCUUUGUGCUGAGCCUAGCAGUCUGUACCGAGGAACUCCCACGCUCACCCUUCUUCUUCUGUCUCUUAGGCAUUAUUUGCAAAAUUAAUUCAUCAAAACCCAAGUAAGAGACAAAUAGAAAAACACUCUUAUAAAAUCAAUUCUGAUCAAUCCCCUAAACAUGUAAAUAUUUAGCACACAUCUCUUCUCAAAACUCAAGAUAACACAUCACACUCCAUUCCAAUUUUCGUUUUUCAAUUAAACUCCAAAAUUAAAAUUUUUAUUUUUCAGUUCCAAAUUCAUAAUUGCUUAAAGAAAUCAUGCUGCAAAGUGUUAAUCAUCAUGGAUAUUCAAGUAUUUCAUUCAAACAAUUAGAAUUUCAGUUUUAAUUUGAACUUUUAUCAACAUUAUGACCAUUGGAAAUAAUUUCUCUAAAAUCUCAAUUCAACCCACGAAAUUGGCAAUCAAGGUAACCCAUGAGUAUAAUCAUCACAAAUAAACCAUCCUAGAUGCCAUUCCAUUUAGAAUUCGGAGAUUCCCCAACAUCAAACCCUAGGGCGAUUUUAGAUUCCAAAAUUAGAGAGUCAUACCUGUGUCUUGAUGAAAACUGAUGGUAGAAACGGAUAGAGCUUGAAAAACUAAUGAGUUUAGCACCAAGAAUUACAAAAAUCGGAUGAGAGAUGAUGGAAAUCGAAUUUGGUGUUCUUGAGAGGUUUGA